UGUACCUACCAGCAUGCCCCGUGAGGGAGGAUUAUGAUUGAUCAGUGGCGGAAUGUGGAAAAUAUAAGCAGAGGAGCAGGCGGCAUCAGUAGCUUCCAGUUUUGUCAUUGCCAUGGCAACCUGGCAUGCAGACAGUAUAUACACAUACUAACAGGCAAUAUAUUCCGUAUCAUACAAAAUGGAAGAAGACUUGAAGGAACAAAGAAUGUUGAGCUAUGUCCAGGAGAAUGCAACACGUGGAGACCCCCAGAGUGUAGUGACCACCAUAGACAAAUACUGCAGAGAUGUAGAAUGGGCCAUGAAUGUAGGGGAUGAAAAAGGGCUGAUUCUCGAUAAAGUAGUGAAAGAGAGAGACCCUUCUGUAAUUCUGGAGCUGGGCACAUAUUGUGGAUACUCUGCCAUCCGGAUCGCUCGCUUACUAAGGCAUGGAGCGCACCUAUUUACAUUGGAGCUAAACCCAGUUCAUGCUGCGGUGUCUAAGCAGAUGAUUGAAUUUGCUGGCGUACAGGAUAAGGUGAAGGUGCUUGAAGGCCCUACGGGAACGAUCAUUCCACAGCUAAAAGAAACACAUAAUGUGGAUACUUUGGACUUUGUCUUUCUGGAUCACUCUAAGGACCAAUAUACAUCUGACACCAAACUAUUGGAGAAAUGUCACUUGCUGAAAGAAGGCUCUGUAUUGCUGGCCGAUAAUGUUGUUUACCCAGGAAUUCCAGACUUCCUUGAGUAUGUGAGAACUUGUGGUCGGUAUGACUGCACCAAUUAUCCCUCGCAUGUACAAUACAUGAAUGUGGACGAUGCCCUGGAGAAGGCGGUGUUUAAAGGUUACUUGUGAAUCAAGGAAUCUGUUAGCUGAAGAUGAU